AUGAAUCUAUCACUCGUCGAUCCAUUCGCCCUCGCCCAAGACUAUCCCGAUACUCUAACCGGAAAAUUACGAAGCGGCCAUGCUGCGUGUUUACGGUUCAGUCACAAGGGAGACUACCUCGCCGCAGGUCGGGUCGACGGUACAGUCAUUGUCUUCGAUCUGGAGACAAACGGGGUAGCGCGCAAGUUACGAGGACACACAAGGCAGAUACAGUCACUUAGUGAGUCGCUUGGAUAUAUUAUGACCGUAUUGGUGCUCGAUGCUGACUUCCGGAGUUUGUUAUUUGUCGCAUCCCUCUUCGAAGAACAACCAGUCCUAGUCGACAUCUCGAACCCCAAGCCCAUCAAACACAUCCUACCCUCGGUCCCCCUGCGACCUCAGGAUGGAGUCGAUCCAGCCGCAGCAGCCAAACAAGCCGCGCAAGACGCAAAACAGUCAACAUGCGUCACAAUCUUCACUGCGUUGGGCAACCACAUUAUCUCAGGAACAUCAAAGGGAUGGAUUAACAUAAUCGAGACUCAAACCUGCAAAACCAUACAUUCUACUCGUCUCUGUAACGGCGUAAUCAUUCUCAUCCGCCUCGCAAGCAACGGCCGUGACCUUCUCAUCAACAGCUCCGAUCGCGUAAUCCGAACAGUCAUAAUGUCCGACCUCUCUCAACUAGGCAUAGGCCUCGACCCAUCAAACAUCAAGUUAGACGUUGAGCACAAAUUUCAAGACGUCGUCAACCGUCUAAGCUGGAACCACGUGGCGUUCUCGUCAACUGGCGAAUUCAUCAUGGCAUCAACAUACAUGAACUCAGACAUAUACAUUUGGGAACGAAGCCACGGCUCGCUCGUUAAAAUCCUGGAGGGGCCACGCGAAGAAAUGGGAGUGGUGGAAUGGCACCCCUCACGACCAAUGAUCAUGUCAUGCGGCCUCGAAUCCGGGUCAAUCUACAUAUGGUCUAUAAUCACACCCCAGAAAUGGUCUGCCCUCGCGCCGGAUUUCGCUGAAGUAGAAGAAAACGUGGUCUAUGUGGAAAGGGAAGAUGAAUACGACAUCCACCCGGCAGAAGAAGUCCAUCAACAACGUCUCGAUCAAGAAGAUGAGACACCAGACGUACUAUCCUUGGACCAUCUCGGCAGUGGUGCCGCUAUGGGUGAACUGGAUAUGGAUACUUUCCGUAUGCCAGUUCUGCUAGAUCUAUCGGAUAGUGAAAGUGAAGAGGAGAUUAUAGCUGUCGGUCCGGGGACGAUGAGAAGACGAAGUCCCGGGGCUGGCCGAGAAUGGAUGAAUACUUCUCAUGACGGCGCAUCAUCUACUCGAGGUGCGGCAGCAAACGGCUCUUCAAGAGGACCGCACGGCAGAGGGAGGAAGAAAUGA